GCCAUACAAAAAUACACGAAGGAUCAAACCAUCCAAUUCCCUUUCUCAGAGCACAAGUGUAUAACUACAUUUUCCCCUGACUUGCAGAAAAAUGGCUGAGGCUUUCAUGGGCUUCAGCAUGCCAAAACCACAAAUUCACAGCCCUUCCUACCAAACAGCAAAAUUCGAUGCCUACCCACAUCCGAAUUCGCUUAAGCAGUGUUCAAGUUCUAGAUUCACUAACGGCUGGUUUCAGAGUGAAGGUAGCAGGAGAAAAAGAGGCCAUUUAUGCAAGGCAAAUGCUUUCCCGGAUUGGCCUCUAAUGGCUGUUAUGGUUGAGCACAUGGAAGGUCAAAGAGACAUGAUUACUCACAAGUCAAUUUGGCAUCUCAGUGAUGAAACUAUAAAGACCAUUUAUACAAUUUACAUCAUGUUCACUUGUUGGGGAUGUUGUUUCUUUGGAUCCACUAAAGAUCCAUAUUAUGAUGGAGAACAAUAUAGGAAAGAUGGAGGAGAUGGUACAGGGCACUGGGUCUAUGAGAAGCAAGAGGAUAUAGAAGAGUCUGCUAGAGCAGAGUUGUGGCGUGAGGAACUUAUCGAGGAGAUCGAGCAAAAGGUUGGAGGACUAAGAGAGUUGGAAGAAGCAGGAAGGAAGGAGGAGCUUGUUAAAUGAACAAGGGUUAUAUGGGUGGUUAAGAGUUAAGACAUAAGAGAUCACUCUCCAAUUCCCCAACUCCAUCCAUUUAUAAGGAGCGUACCUUGCAUAACUUAACAUGCUGUAUAUAUGCUCCGAAUUAUGUACGUUUCUUAUAAUGACAUAUGUGCAAAGGCAAUCUCUACUCUAGAGUGUAGAGAUGUAAGGUAUUUGCAACAAACACGGAGCAGUAAUUGUGGGCCUCUAUUGUUCAUGUAAGUGUAUUGGGGCCAUAGUUAAGAGCUGGCCUAACACCCAUUGUGGACCUUCUUCCAUGGCUAACAGAGUAACAGUUUGCUGAGUGGAUCCAUUACUACUAAA